AUGUCAUCACCGAUAGUUUACCAAUUAGGACACGAAUCGAUUAAAGACCACGUCUUUUCUUCUAAUCGCCAGAUUUUGGCCAUUACCAAGCUGAAUACUGUCGAAAUCUACCAAACAUCGCUCAAUUCAUCAAGUAAGCCAAAAUUGAUCACUAUCUUGAAAGGACAUGAUAAAACAGUUACUUCCGUGGACAUUUCUCCAGAUGGAUCCAAAAUUUUGACCUGCUCUCAGGACAGAAAUGCUUUGGUUUGGCAAUAUGAUCAAGCAGACCAAGAAUAUAAGCCUACCUUAGUUUUAUUGCGUAUAAGCAGAGCAGCUACUGUUUGUAGAUGGUCUCCUUUAGGUAAUAAGUUUGCAGUUGGAUCAUCCGAUAGAAUCAUUGCUGUCUGUUAUUACGAACCAGAAAAUGAUUGGUGGGUAUCUAAGCACUUGAAAAAGCCAUUGAAAUCUACUAUUACCAGCUUAGACUGGCAUCCAAAUAACAUUUUGUUGGCGGGUGGAUCUACUGAUGGACAUGCCAGAGUAUUUUCUACUUAUAUCAAGGGAUUAGAUGAAAAACCUGAACCAUCAGUUUGGGGCUCGAAAUUGCCAUUCCAAACAUUAUGUGGCGAUUUUGUCAAUGAAACUGGUGCUUGGAUUCAUGAUGUUUCGUUCAGUCCUUCUGGAGAUUCAUUAGCCUUUGUUUCCCAUGACUCGUCUCUUACAGUUGUGUAUCCAGAAGGUGAGGGAUUAGCACCUAGAGCAAUUCUUAAUGUCAAGACCAAUUAUUUGCCAUUUAAAUCAUUGAUUUAUUCAAGUGAGAACAGAGUUUUUGUGGGUGGUCAUAACUGUAACUUGAUUGCUUUCGAAGGAGAUGAAAAUGGAUGGAAAGAGGCUUUUAAGGUAGAAAAGCAGAAGGAUUUAAUCAAUGACACAACAAUCCCAGAAGCUGAAGAAGAAGAGAUUUCUUCCCAUGAUGCACUUAACAUGUUUAAACAAUUAGACUUGAAAGGUAGAGUUAACAAGCCUAGUGCUAAAGGUGCUGGUAAGGUCUUAAGUACUAUCCACCAAAAUACUAUUUCAAGUAUUAAAUUAUAUAACGACAACCAAAUUAGUACCUCAGGUAUCGAUGGUAAGGUAGUUAUUUUCACGAUUUAG